CGUUCAGAUAGCAGUACUGCAUUAUCUGCUGUACUGCCCCGGUGCUACCUUCGUGUGAAUUAUAUCAUUGUCUUGAAUAUGUCAGAAUUAGUAACAAUUAUCGGACCAGUGUGUAUGUACGAGUACUAAACGGCGUAGAUCAGAUACAUAUAAAUAUCUGUACCCCGCUACAGCUAACAGUUUGUACAUCGGCAGCGUUACAACAUGACUUCUCUGGUUUACUGGGCCGUGGUUACUGCCGUCGUAUGCAGCUCCUCUGUAACAUUGUGCGAGGUCGCGGAGUCACAUCCGCCAUCACCACACGCCAAAGAUAUGUACGUGGUUCGCGCUACACUCUAUCAAGUGGGUAUCAUCACGAACAAAACCGAUGGCAAAACGGACAGACAACAAGGCCAUCAGGAAGCGAUCACAUUUUACCACCGCAACGGUUCCGGUAUUGAUUUGAGUGGUAUAGGCAAUCCCCUUGUAACUAAUGUGACGGCUCAAAGUAUUGUCGGCUUGUCACCAGUGGAUAAUAUCAACGAGACGCGCGUGUUACCAUGGAACGCUCUAGAAAAAAUGGCUUCUACCCAGAGUACAAACACUUCUGAUAGAGAGGAUCCUUGGAACGCUCAACAGGUGAGGUCAAGACGUGAAGUAAGGGAGGUUCCCGCCACUGUGGUGGAGGGGGCGGCAGUGGUGCCCCCUGCGAGCGACAUACGAUCCCUCGCCCUACCCCCUCUCAUUGCCUUUAACAAUAAUCUAUCCCAUAUCCCAGUGCCGAUACCAAACACCUCUAUAGUGCGUUACGCUAAAAUAAAUACUUUGGUAAAAACAAAUUGAAUGUUUUGUAUUAUAACAUUAAAAAGUUGUAAAAUAGCGACGCGACAGAUAAUUUAGCAA